CUGCGCCCGGCCGCAGGUGAACGUCCUGGUCUCGGCGGGGUGGCCGGGACAGGCUGCGGGAAUCCCCGACCUCCGCGACCCCUCCGCUGGGUGGCCUCCGAUCGAUUCCCUCGCGACUCUGUCGCUCGGCCGGGUCCCUCCGGAGCCUCCGCGGAGGCCGGUCCCGGGAUUACCCGGGGGACGGGGUCGCCCGAACCUGCGGGACCGCCCCUCCCCGCCCGGCAAGGAGCGGUGGGACCUGCGGGUGGAACCGUUCUUCCUCCGCCGCCGGUCACCCCGAACUCGUCGGCUCCGGAGCCGGGCCGGGCCGCUGGAUUCGCCGUAGGGUCGCCUGCCUUUUUUUUCCUCUGGGCCCGAGUCGCCCCCCGGGCAGGGUUUCCCGUAGGUCGGCUAGGUGGUUGGUGUCGUUCGGCCGAGGGUCGUUGCGGGGGCAGAUGGCGAAUUCGGGGCUGCAGCUGCUGGGGUUCACCCUGGCCCUGGUGGGGUGGGUGGGCCUGUUCGCCAGCACGGUGAUCCCCCAGUGGCAGGUGAGCUCGUACGCGGGGGACAACAUCAUCACGGCCCAGGCCAUGUACAAGGGGCUGUGGAUGGACUGCGCUUCCCAGAGCACGGGCGUCACCAGCUGCAAAGUCUACGACUCCAUCCUGGCCCAACCAGCGGCCCUGCAGGCCACGAGGGCCCUGAUGGUCGUGUCGCUGGUGCUGGGCUUCCUGGCCACAUUGGUGUCCACCAUGGGGAUGAAGUGCACCCGCUGCGGCGGGGACGACAAGGUGAAGAAGGCCCGGAUCGCCAUGACGGGCGGCAUCAUCUUCCUGGUAGCCGGCCUCGCCGCCCUCACGGCCUGCUCCUGGUAUGGUCACCAGAUCGUCACUGACUUUUAUAACCCGCUCAUCCCUAUGAACACCAAGUUCGAAUUCGGGUCGGCCAUUUUCAUCGGCUGGGCCGGUUCGGCCCUGGUGCUGCUGGGCGGGGGGCUCCUGGCCUGCUCCUGCCCCGGCAGCGAGGGGAAGGGGGCGUACCGGGCCCCCCGCUCCUACCCCGCUACUACCUCGGGCAAGGAGUACGUCUGAAGCGGGAGGGGGCCGCGUCCCCAUCCCGUCCCGCUCGGCCUACUCGGCGAGCUGUCAAAGAGUCCAGGGAAGGGGCGGGGAGCGGGGGCAAAGACGCCUUUACAUCUGAGCCACUGGUUGG